UUCUAAUAAUUCAUUAUUUUUAAUAAUCCUAUGCAACUGGCGUUCUUGUUAGUUUGGUCAUUUAUACACUCCUCUUUGCAUACGUUCCCCACUCGUGCAAUUUUACUCCAUAGCCUGUCUGGAUCCCUUCUCUCCAAAGACUUUCCAGCACUGUUCUGCACUGGGAUACCAAUAACGUCAAGUUACCGGCACUAGGGGAGGGGUAAACGUGAAGAUGACGGGUAUAAAUACAAAAUCUUUCUCAAAGACUGACUAGACAGCCGCGACAGAAGUAAGAGUGAUUGUGUUUAUCAGAUAGCAUUGAAAUUAAGUGCAUCUUUUGGGAAUCAUGUAUCUUAUAUGUAAUGUUUAACAGUGAUUAAACGUUUACAUAAUUUAUAUUAUCAACUUUUUUGAAAAAAAAAUAAUAAUUACCAAGUGAAUAUAAAUAUUUUGACAUCAUGUGCGUCCGUACGUGUCCAUCAAAUAAUAAUACACAUCCUGACGAAAUUCAACGUCCAGUUUUACAAACUACUAAAAGUAAAACUACGAAAAAUUUAAAAUAUAAAGAAAAAUAUAGUAAAAAGUAUGAUGAACAAAUGGAGAGAGAAGAGAAAUUUGAAAAAGGAGAAAUUAAUAAUCAUGAUGAUUACGUUUCAUCAGAUAUUUUAGCACUUAUAAUGAUUAAAUAUAAAAUCAUAAUUGCUUUUCUUGCAAGAUAUUGUAAAAUUAAUGAAAAAUCUAUGCUAUACAAAGUUCUUUUUACAACAACACAACCAGGUCAUGUCAUUAUGAUUGUUGCUGUUCUAAGUAUUUUGUCAGUAGUUAAUUCAGCAUCUGUAAAUAAUAAAAUUACACCUUCUGAAAAAUCGAAUUCUCAAAUAAUGUCUUUCAUUUAUCUAACAUCAUUUGUUGUACACUUUGGAAGUCAAAUUUGGAUGACAUUUGUAUCAGGAUUAUCAUUAUACUUUGCACUACCAAGACAUGUAUUCAAUGAUGUCCAACGAGUACUCUUUCCACGAUACUUCACGAUGAAUGCUUGUCUAAGUUUUAUCACGCUUUUAAUUUUUGUUAAACAUCAUCCAGUUUAUACUUGGGAUACUGAAAUAGCAGUUCAAGUUGGUGGAAUGUUGAUAGUUUUAUUCUUAGAACUAUUUAUACGUUUAUAUUUUACACCACCACUAUUACAUCUUAUGAUAGAAAAGAAAGCGAUAGAAUUUGCAGCAGGAAAUGGUAAUGAAAUAGGUUAUCAAAAUUUAUCAACUCUCAAACAUUGCCCACAUUAUAUGAAAAUUUACAAAGCAUUUCGAAAAACACAUUCUUUUAUUGCUGUGGGUAAUAUUCUUACAAUGGCUUGUACGUUGUUACAUUUACAUUAUAUUGCAAGUAAACUUGUUUUACUCUAGUAUUAUUGUGUAAAUAUUAUUAUCGUCAUUAUCAUUAUAAUCAUCGUCACCAUCAUUAUUAUAAUUAUAAUAAGAAUGAUUAAAAAAAAUAUGUAUUAACAAAUUUUCAAUAUUUAAUUGUAAGCAAUAUCUGAAAUUUUGUACAUCAAUACUGCUUUUUUUUUUAUUUUAUUUAAAUUAAUUUUAUUUUAUUCAACUGUAGCCAAAUUCAUUU